AUGGUCCUUUCUGUGCGACUUGGAGAGCUUUCUCCUACCUGGGGCCGCACUGUAGGCUUCCAUGGAUUCGAAAGCCCCCGCAGCGCGGCUGGGGACACUGCUGAGGUUUUCUCGCCCAGCCGCGGGUGGGUGCGCUCGGAAUGUUGGGAGGCUCUGCAGCAGCAAGUUCGGGCAGCACAGGUGUCACAGUCCUUCGUCUUCUCGCACAGGCGACUGGACGGUGCUGGGGCCGCGGCGCUCGGCAGAUACCUGCAGGAGGACUGCUCGGCUCGGUUUGUGGACAUAUCCUUCCUGAAGCGCUGGCCGAAGGUGUCCGAGGCAGCAGCUAAAGCGCUCUGUGAAGGAGCUGCGCCGGCUCUUCAUUAA